AUGGAUGGCAAUAUUAUGCUAACUGAUAAUACUGAAUUGUCGAAAAAAGAAGAGAAUACAGUAGUUGAUUUACAAAAGCAUGCAUUAAAAGAAUCAACUGAACGAUGGCGUGACCGUAUUAAAAAAGAUCCAGAUUUGCAAUAUCUCGACGGUGUGAAACGUUUGCAGAAAGAUUUUCCAACUAAGCAAAUAUCACCAAAAAUUAGAACAGUGGAUAUUGGCAAGGGCUUGGACCAUUUUUAUUCUUGCGCUUCCAUUAUUUCAUCACGAUCCAAAAUAUCGCAAAUUGACUUGAAUGAAUUUGAAGAUAUCAUCACUACCACUCCAAGAUUGAAUGUACCAAUUCGACCUGCAGCACGUGGUCGUAAUCGACGCAAUGCUUCACGUCGACCAAUGGAACCUUUGAUAUAUCAACGAGUUGUUGGUAUAUUAUCAAAUCCUACCGAUUAUAGGAGGAAAAUUGAACAGGAAGAUGAUGGGAUGGCAAUCUCUAGUAGUGCCAAAAAGGGUUUGCAGAGCAAAGUGGAUUAUUCGGCUGUAAAGCUGAAAAAAAGAGAAUUGAAAUCACCAUAUCCGGAACUAAUGCUUAUACGAGUGAAAGGCGAUAAGAAUAUCGAUGUCCGAUUGGUAGCACCUAAAUAUACCUCAAUUCAUGCUUAUGCUGUCUUCAUUCUAAUUACUCCAAAUGAACUAUUCUUAUAUCAGGGAAAAUAUUCGAGUGUACUGGAAAGGAGUAAAGCAGCGGUAAUAAUUACAAGUAUUUGCGAAAAAAACGGUGAAUUGGGAUGCAAUGCGAAGCAAUUUGAAAAUGUUAACGAAAGAGCAGGUGUUGAUGCAUUCUGGCGUUUGCUUGGAUUGAAUAAAAAAGAAUAUGAGGCUGUCAUAAAUGAGGAAUAUGUCCCAGAUAAUCUUCUAACCCUGAAUGAACCAUUUGAGAAUAUUGCCGCUCAAAUGAAUACAAUUUAUGAAAUUGAUGAGCAUUAUAAUAUACAACGAAUCUCAUCAGGUCAACUCCCAAAGUUCUCUUUGUUGCAUCCCAAAAAGAAUUUGAUUUUCGAUUUUGGUUCUGAAAUUUAUAUUUGGGUUGGUCGAAAUGCUAAUCGUGUUGGAACACAACAUGUAGUCACGUAUGCUGAAACAUUGCGCACCAAACCUUUGAACAUAGUUUUUGGAUUGGAUCGGAUGAUCCUGGGUGAUAAUUUCGAUAUAAUUCGACCGGCAUGGUGUCUGCUUAUCAAACUGACUCAAGGACUAAGUGAUUCACUCUUCCAGCACAAAUUUCAUGACUGGCAAUUUCAUGAUAUUACUCUUAAUACAUACAACUCAUCUGUAUAUUGCACACCCUCCGUAUCUCCAGCUUCAGUAUUACGUGAGGAAGAAGAGGCAUACAAUUUAGGAAGAAAUCUUGCAUCCCGAUCAGUGGAAGAACCAGUUUUAAUUCUUGAAGGACGUAAACUGUACAGAAAUUCUAAAAAUGUUUUUACCGAGAACAUUCGAUACUUCAUUUUGGAGGGUGAAAAGACACUAAAUGAAAUGGAUGAACUAUGGAUUUUAAAAGAUAAUCGCUGCUAUAUUAUUAAAUGGGAAUAUCGAAUAGAGCGAAUUGGAAUACGAAAAUUGGAUGGUACUGAACGUGAGAAAGAAACUGGUCGCCAACGUGUUGCAUAUUUUUAUUGGUUGGGUAAAAAGACCACUAAAACAGAGCAGGGACUUUGCGCUUUGGCACUAAGAGAUUAUGAUGAAGCACAUUUCCCUCAUGAAAGAAUUGCUCAGGGACAAGAAUCGCCAUUGUUCUUGCAAUUGUUUCAAGGAUCACUGAUUAUCUGUGGUUGUGGAUCGGGUGUUUUCCUCGUUUAUGGAUCAUCAAUUGCUAGUGAAGCUCGAAUGGAAGAGCAAACUUUACCUGUCAUUUAUCGUGCUCAUGCCGUAUAUAUUGUACUAAAUGAUAGGAAAAUAACAAUACUGGAAGGAAUUGAAAGUAAUGAAAGUUCAAAGAUGGCAGCUAUGAAUUUCGCCAAAAAAAUUAAAACACAUUACAGUGUCUUUGAACAAUUUAUUUCCGAACCAAUCAUUGAUCAUUGUUAUUUGACUAGAACAGAAGAUUAUCCUAUAAUCGAAGCCGAUCAUUGGAUUAAGCCGCCACGGUUAUUUCGAUUGUUUGAUAAAGAUUGUGAAGAAUUGUUGUCUACGAAUUGUGAUCCUUCUCUUCCAUUCUCAUUUCAACAGAGCAGUUUUAGGGAUACAAUUAUGGUAGAUCAGGAUAGUAGAUUGUGGCUUUGGAGCGAUAAAACGGUCAGUACGUUUGCAUUACAUGUAGCAAACGCUUACUGGUCUAAUCGAAGCGGUCCAAAAACGGUCAUUUGCAAGACACAAGAACCGGACUCAUUUAAAGCACUUUUUGCCACAUGGGACGAUUUCGUUGAUGAAAUUGAUGAAAAUGAACUCCAAAAUUCAUUGCGAGGCCGACCAAUAGAGUUGGAUGAGUUAUUACAAUUACGAACAAAAACCUGGCCACUCGAAAAAGUGAGAAGUCGAGAUUUGCCACCUGGUGUUGAUCUCAAUCGAUUAGAGCAAUAUCUAAAUGAUGAUGAUUUCCAAUCAAUCUUUCGAAUGGACCGAACAGCUUUUUAUGCACUUCCACACUGGAAACAAAUUGUGCUUCGUAAAAAGCAUAAGCUGUUUUAA